CUCAUUGACAAAUGAAUGACCUUUUUUAUUGUAGAUUUUCCUUCAUCCUUCGACGCCGCUUGUCUCCCAUAUUUUUGGUUUUUCACCGCUUGGCCUUGGUUCAUUAACAAAACGAUGAAAGCCUUUUACUUUGCCUUUCUAUUUAUCAUAUCAGCAGCAGAAUCAAUCAGCCUCAAGCCUCAUGCUCUCGAUUCUUUCAAUCUCAGUUUAAUCCAGAACGUGGGAAGCUGCUCUUACCAAGUGAUAAUCUCAACAAGCUGCUCCUCACCCAAAUACACCCGCGAUGCGAUCAGCCUUUCUUUCGGAGACGCUUAUGGCAAUCAGGUUUACGCUCCAAGGCUUGAUGAUCCAUCCACAAAGACAUUCGAGCGGUGCUCUUCCGAUACAUUUCAGAUAACUGGGCCAUGCGCCUAUCAGAUAUGUUAUGCUUAUCUGUACAGAACUGGACCGGAUGGCUGGAAACCAGAGAGUGUGAAGAUUUAUGCGUAUAAUUCGUAUCCUGUUACAUUUGACUACAACGUUUUCAUUCCCAGAGAUACUUGGUAUGGAUUCAAUCUGUGCCAAGGUGCCUCUUCUGCGUAUGUUGGACGAGUUCAAGUAUGGUUUGUGUUUGUUUUUCUGUUAGUCGUUGUUGCUGUUAUAUUCUGAUUCUGCUCAUACACAUUCUGAUCAACUAGGUUCUUAUGGUAGUAAUAGAUUAAGUUGUAGCUGUUGAAGUGAAACUGAACUGAACUGAAAUGGUACAGAUUUCAUAAACAAUAAUGCUUUGAGCUUUUGUAUCA